UGUUAAAUACUUAUUUUUCUUUGCUUUUUAAUAUUUCAGGACCAUCCUGUGUUCUUUAAAGUGAUUCUGUUUGAGUUUCUCAGUUAUAUGCAGAUAACCAAUCAUGGCAUCAAAAGACGCCGAGGCUUUAGAGAAAAUGAAGCGGCUGGAGGAGAGGAUCAAGGCUCCAUCCAUAUGGGGUCGGCUACCGUCAGGGAUCAGGUUUGAAGACCUACAGGAUAAGAGAUACGAUGACGCUAUCAGGUUGCUGAAGAAACAUUAUCUGCCUGAAGAGAUCACUUACAGAUCGGUAAAGAUAUCCGAAGACAAAGAAGGGACAGACGAAUUUGUCCACAACGUCAGGAUAUGGAUGAAGGAUAAGAUGUCGAUAGCGGCGGUCAAGGAAGGCACGGAUAAGCUGGUCGGAGUGCUCAUCAUGAGGAUACAGGAGAAAAGUGCUUUCUCCAGAACGUUUAGCCGCGUAAAGAUCACACACAAUCCAAUAUAUUCAACCGUGAUGACGUUUUACAAUGAAAUUGAGAAACCAGUGAGUGUGUACGACUCGCUGAAUGUAAAACGAUACUUCAAAGUGUAUAUCAUCGCUUUAAAACACCGGUAUAGGCAUCGGGGUAUAGCGAAAGAGAUGUUAAAAGCGGCGAUGUCUCUUAGUGCAAACGCUAGUGUUGCGGCCCUGGCUGGUAUAUUCACUACGGCUCGUUCACAGACCAUUGCUGAAGAACUUGGGUUUAUCAAGCUUAAUGAGAUACAUUAUAUCAGAUAUCUUAUCGAUAGAGAGAUAGUAUUCUGGGACACUGGCCUAGGCAACUACGGGGCGGCCAUCAUGGCUCACCGCAUACCGACAGUGGACGAACCGCUUGAGCUACAGCCCCAACACUCCUCGCGUUUCAACGUGGCAUCCAUGCACGUAGUCGAAGAAGAAGACGAAAUGCAAUGACAUUUUAUUAAAGAAAAUUAUA